UUUUUGCAAUGGCGUUUCAGUUGAAAAGAACGAAUCUAUUGUAGUCAUUGCCUCGAUGUUUAUUAAAUACAUUUUCUAAAGUUAUUUUUUCAAAAACAACACAACAUGCCUACAUACUCGUAUAUUUUGACUAUUCAUGAAGGAAUGAAUAAUAUUAAGAAGUGUUUAACAGCCAAAAUGACAUGUGUAGUCUUAAUCAUAAGGUUAUAACAUCAUAAAUAAAGAUGUGUUAAUAUCGAUAAAUUGCAUGGAGUCUAAUCAAAUUUAAUUUGUAAGGAUGAUUUCUCAUAAUCAGUACAAGACUGUGUUUUUGAUGGAGUUGCUUCUAGAAUAUAAAGGUCACCUUUAUUUUUUAAAAUGGAAUUAUAUGUUUCCUUUUCGCACAAAUUAAUUAUACAUUGAGAGAAUAGUAGGAAAGAAUGAUCAGAACAGAGCAUGAUAUUUUCCAAGGAAUUCAACAAAUGCACUAUAAUGAGUCAGGAAUGUCCAAACUGUGGGCAACUUACAAAUGCAUCUUAUUUGAGACUUGUAAAGGAUAGCUGUGGCCACACCAAAUGCCGAAUGUGCUUACUGUAUGAGGAACAUGGAUGUAAAACUUGCCAGGCUGAAUGUUGUACCGAAGAUACCCAAGAUUACAGAGAAGCAUCCAUGAAUUGUGGUUCAGAUGAUACGAACAAAACAUCUAGUGAAGAAAAUGUGUUACCAUUGGAGUUGGUUAUCAAUAAAGAUAACAAAUCCAAGGAAAACCAUUAUAAUUCCAUUUCUAUUGAUCACAGACUUCCAGAUCUUCGUCAUGAAGAUGUCACGAAGAUGUCAUGUUUUAAUAACAAUGAAGGAGCCUAUGAAUCCACCAUAAGUAAUACAGUCAGCAAUAAUGAUUCUGAGAAACUGUACAUUCCGAAGAUAGAACCCAGUGAUAUGGUACUAAAUAUAGCAGCUCAUUUAAGAAAUGGAAAUGAUUCGAUGAGUUUGCAGCAUCUACAUAAUAGCAAAACAGAAGAACAACUUGACGAGGAGCCUGCUGAAAAGAGCAAAAACCCCAAACUUCGCGAUCGCAGCCAUAUAAUGAUAGUAUCGAGCAACCCAGAAAGGUACCAAUGCAAUGUGUGCCGUAAGAUUUUCCGCAAUAAAAAGAGCAAAUGUUACCACGAUGCCUGUGUAACGGGCGUGAAACCGUAUCAGUGCACCUUCUGUGACCGAAGUUUUGUCAAGCAUUCUCACUUUGAGUAUCAUGAGAGAGUCCACAGCGGGUACAGGCCGUAUAAGUGCACGCUUUGCGAAAAAGCUUUUCCUCAACAGAACAAACUCAACAGACACAUGUUAUCUCACAGCAAGGAAAAGCGGUUUGUAUGCUCCAUAUGCAACAAGCGGUAUAGUAAAAAUGAUGAUCUAAAGAAUCACAGAAACGAACACAACGCGAGAACUAUAUAUACCUGCAAUUACAAAUUCCGCGACAAGUCCUGCGGCAAAAUUUUCCGUAUGCUGGCCAAUUUUAAUCGCCAUAAACGAACACAUACGGAAGAACUAUCAUUCCUGUGCGAUCAAUGUGACAAGAAAUUUAAAGAUAGGUCCUUAUUAAUUCGGCACAAACGAAUUCACGGGAAAGAAAGGCCAUUCUCUUGCGCCCAUUGCAACCGAGUUUUCUUAUCGAAAAGCGAACUGAGACGACAUUUGGUCGUGCAUUCAGAUGAGAAGCCAUUCUCCUGCAAAUACUGCCAAACGCAAUUCAGGCGAAAGGAUAAUUUAAACCGACACAUAAGACACCACCAUUCGGAGGAUUCCAACUGCGGCGAAAUGAACAAUAAAGUAGCUCAGACUGUUGUUAGAGCAGACCGAAGUUGUUCAAUAAAGAGCAAUAAUCAGCAAUCUCGGCAAAAGCAAAAGUCGAAAAAAAUACAGCCAAAGAGCCCCGGCAAGAUAAACGCGAACUCAAGCGCAAGCUCGCAUCAGAUCAACUCGCGUCUGGAUCCUAUGGGCAACAUCACGCCCGUGAUAAGGACAACGGCUGAAGUGAGCAAUGCGGUGUCGGUGAUCAAUGGACCCAUUAGCGCCAAGCGGCCGGAAGAGCGAACUUGCAAGAAAAUGUUCACAUAUAUGGAACCGAUCCCUAUCGCCGAGGCGGCUGUAAUCAACUGUCGCAUCCAGGAAAAACUGUAUCCGCAAAGUGCCAGUAGUCAUAAUUAUUUUGUGCAUAACUAUCUGAAAGACAGAAACUCCAAAGUCAAUUCCUAUCCCAACAACGACAACGAUAACCAACUCGAACUUCGAGACAACUCCAUUUCUAUCGCAACCGAAUCGUCUUCUCUGAGGACGACAAUAAGUCACAAAGAAUCUACAAUCUGUGAGGAGAAGUGUCACCAGGAUGAAGACAAGACGGGAAAGGCAGAUAAAAGUGCUCGAGGAAGGAACAGGAUUUCCGAAUCUAAAGAGCAUUCAGAUGCCACUUCUCCCAGAGACGAACAGUUCAAUUGUGUUUCCACCAUCAAAAAGCACAUUGUUCAACAAUCUGACGAAUAUAUAUACGACAUCCCAGCCAGUAGCAAUUCGACAACGACUAAUCAUUGCACGACACUGCCAAAAGAUUUUCAGGACAACGACAAAAAGAAGCAGAGUGACGUACAUUGGAGACGCAGAACCGCGGAGACGCUGAAGCCAUGCAAACGCUGAUUCUGUUUGUUUUCGAUAUGUGAUACUACCAAUGUUAUACUUAACAGAUGUGUUCAACGUGUAUGUAUGCAUGUGUUUAAGUUUGAAAGAAAGUUACGGUUUGCUCAGUCUUACCAUAAAGACAGUGCCUCUUACUUGGCGGACGAAAGAAUCUGCUUAAACUGCCAUAGUGUAAUAUACAAGAGGUGCGAACUAAACUGUUACAUAUGACAAUUGUGUAUAAUUAUAACACAUCUUAUUAAAUUGCCGUGCUUUAGUUAAAUUUUCUAGUAAAAAGAUUCGCCGUAUUUCCUUGGUAUUGCUGUAUCUUUUCAGAAUUAACGUUCAGUAAAAAGAUCGGACAAUUAACGUCGACGUUAAA